AUGGUAAAAUUCAGCAGGCGACAGUGGUUAACUCUUAUCGUCAUAGGAAUAGCAGAUUUUUGCAAUGCAAUUUGUGUAUCUCUUCAAGCACCCUUUUAUCCACAAGAAGCUGAGAGAAAACACUGUACUGCAACUGAAUACGGUCUAGUUUUUGGAAUAUUCGAAUUUGUAGUAUUCUUGAUAAGUCCCAUAUAUGGACAGCAUCUUAACAAAAUCGGACCAAAAUUAUUAUUCAAUGGUGGAAUCUACACUACUGGAGUGUGUGCAAUAUUAUUUGGUCUCCUAGAUAAGGUGGAAGGACAUUACCCUUUCAUUAUUUUGAGCUUUAUAAUUCGAAUCGUCGAAGCUCUCGGAAAUGCUGCUUUCCUGACAGCCAGUUUUGCCAUUAUAGCCAAAGAAUUUCCAAAUAAUGUCGCCACGACUUUUGCCUCCUUGGAGACAUUUUUCGGCCUAGGUCUAAUCGUCGGCCCGACAGUCGGUGGCGCCCUCUUUCAAGUUGGUGGAUACACUCUGCCGUUCGCAGUAAUGGGAUCUGCUCUCUUCAUGUCCGCCAUUCUAACUGCCUUGGUAUUGCCGAAACACGAAGACGGAACCGACCGGGAAGCAGGACCGUCAAUGUUCAAAGCUCUGCGCAUUCCGGGCGUCCUUUUGGCGUCUGCCAGCAUCGUGGUGACGUCGAUGUCGAUCGGCUUCCUGCAGGCCACCCUGGAGCCCCACUUGCGGCCCUUUCGGCUCUCGCCCGUCGUGCUCGGCCUCAUGUUCGUCAUCAACGGCGGCGUCUACGCCGUCACGGCGCCCCUCUUCGGCUGCCUCUGCGAUCGAGUGUGCGCGCCCAAGGUCGUCACCGCCGUCGGGACGCUGCUCGUCGCCGCCGGGUUCUGCGUCAUCGGGCCCGUGCCUUUGCUGCCCUUCCAACAAAAAUUGUGGAUAUGUAUUCUGGGGCUGGUUUUGCAUGGUUUGGGGAUGGCCGCACAACUCGUGGCAUCAUUCACAGACGCUCUCAGGACUAUAGUCGCGCACGGCUUCCCCAACAACCUGGAAACCUUCGGCCUGGUGUCUGGUCUGUGGACCAGCACGUUCGCCUUGGGCGCCUUCAUCGGCCCGUCGAUGAGCGGCAUCCUGUACGACGCCGCCGGUUUCCAGAAUGCGUCGCUAUUCGUCGUCGUGCUGCACGUGUUCGUCGGCUCGAUAGUGACAGUCUUCUUGUGGCUGGCGCCGGACGCGCCGCCCCUUUCCUACCAGGAGCUCAAAGAGGAGAAUCGGUCCGAGGCGCCCGAGGUCGACGACGUCAAGUCCUUGCAGCAGAACAGCGUCACCGAGAGCAUGAUCAGUAGUAUUCGUUCUGUGGGCAAUGGCAUAUCCAUCGAGAAGAGCCGUCCACCAGGCAUGAACAGCCUGAUAGCGUGCAACAGCUACAAGAGUCACGCUUGGCCCCAAAUAGAAGCCAACAGUCUCACAUUGGGGCCCUACAGCCACAGUUACGGCACCGUCAAUCGAAGAAACGUCGUUUAA